AUGUCUACUUAUUCCAUACCACACAGGAAUCAAAUGAACGGAAAUUAUAGCAGUGCAGGUGCUCCACAAAGUGGCGCGGGAGUUCCACCAGGACCAAAUACACCCCAGUAUCCACAACAAACAACAAGCGCCGAAGCAACAUCGGGAACACCCCAACAACAACAACAACAACAACAACAACAUCCAUCCCUGCAGUCCCAACAACCUUAUGGUACAUAUUACAUGUACAACCAACAACAGAACCCUCAGCAACUGGACUAUAGUUACAGUCGUUACCAGUAUCCAGGAAGCGCCCAGUCAUAUUACCCACCAUCGCAAAGCGCCCAGCAACAGCAACAACAAUACGGAGGAAACAGGAAUUACACUGGUGCACCACAAGGUCCUACAUCAACAACCUCUUCCAUCUCACAACCGCAACAUGCAACCCCAUCGCAUCAACCUGGGCAAAGACCAGUACCUCAGCAUGACACUCUUAAUCACGCAUCAACUUCAACCGUGGGCCAAUAUCAGCCACCAGGGAUUAGACCAAGAGUAACGACAACGAUGUGGGAGGAUGAAAAAACCUUAUGUUAUCAAGUUGAUGCCAACAAUGUUAGUGUUGUUCGUAGAGCUGAUAAUAACAUGAUCAACGGAACCAAGUUGUUGAAUGUGGCACAAAUGACUCGUGGUAGAAGAGAUGGAAUUUUGAAACUGGAGAAGGUUAGACAUGUGGUCAAGAUUGGGUCGAUGCAUUUGAAGGGAGUAUGGAUUCCAUUUGAACGUGCAUUGAGUAUGGCACAGAGAGAGAAUAUAGUUGAUUUGUUAUACCCUUUGUUUGUUAGAGAUAUCAAAAGAGUGAUUCAAACAGGAGUGACACCAUCGUCAUCUGGUGGUAAUGCUGGUGGUGCUAGUGCCGAUUCUAGUGCCGUUACAAACACAAGCUCAAAUACAAGUCCAGCAGUGUCUAAAGCUAGUGCUACUGGUGCAUCAUCAACUACUAAUCCGACACUGACGGGAUCAGGUGGUUACUAUCAAGGGUAUGGAGGAGCAAGUGGUGGGUAUCCCCAACAAUACACAUACCAACAACAAACCCAGCAAGGACAACAAACUCCACAAAGCCAAGAUCAGUACCAAGGUCAACCAUAUAAUUACCAACAAGGUGGAUACUAUUCAAAUACAGGUAGCAGUCAAGGCACAGGAGUAGGUGCUGGAGCAUCAUCAUCGUCACAAUCGUAUCCAUACCAAUAUCCACAACCUCCACCACAACAAUCUCAAGGAUCCUACAAUAAUUAUGCAACAACUACAUCAUCUACCUACCCAACUCAAACAAGUGGUGGUGCAGCCACCAGCGGCGCAGGGGCUGCAAAUGCCGGACCAAGCAAUGUUGGUGCAACAGUAGCUCAACAACAACACACACCACAGCAACCAUCGGCUAAUGUAGGAGGAGUGCAUGUAUCGCCACAUCAGCAUACCCAUCAACUGCCUAAAGUUGGAAAGUAA